AAAAAAAAAUCUAAAAGUUUGCAAAUCUUAAAACAGUUUUUUCUGUGACUUCACACGUACUGUAUCUGAUACAUGUGUGGAUAAUAUCUACUACAAACGACAAAUUCCACUGUCACAGGCACUCAGGUGUUUUGCUCCAUAAAUACCUUAAUACAUUAUUACCUUUAAGCCUCGUCACACUGUUUUACAGAAACACAUGGUUUGCACACAGAAGUAGGAAGCAGGAAACAGUUUCAGUUCAGAGUAAGAGAAACUGAAGUGUAGUUGAGCUGUUGUGUGUUUGUGUCUCUGUAUUCAUGCAGUAAAAUGGCAGAAGCCAGAAUUUCUCAGGAUCAGUUACUGUGUCCAGUGUGUCUGGAUCUCCUGAAGGAUCCAGUGGCCAUUCCCUGUGGACACAGUUACUGUAAGAGCUGUAUUACAGGCUGCUGGGAUCAGGAGGAUGAGAAGAGAGUCUACAGCUGCCCUCAGUGCAGACCAAGACCUGCUUUAGCUAAAAACACCAUGCUGGCUGAAGUGGUGGAGAAACUGAAGAAGACUAAACUUCCUGCUGACUGUUACGCUGGAGCUGGAGAUGUGCAGUGUGACGUCUGUCCUGGAAGAAAACACAAAGCCGUCAAGUCCUGUCUGGAGUGUCUCAACUCUUACUGUCAGAAUCACCUUGAACAACAUGAGAGUUUGUUAAAAAGAAAGAGACACAAUCUGACUGAAGCCACUGGACGACUGCAGGAGAUGAUCUGCCAGAAACACAACAAGCUCCUUGACGUUUUCUGCCGCACUGAUCAGAAGUGUAUAUGUGUGCUGUGUAUGGAUGAACAUAAAAACCACGACACUGUAUCAGCUGCAGCACAGAGGACAGAGAAACAGCACCAGCUGAAGGAGACGCAGAGGUCAUUCCAGCAGAGGAUCCAGCAGAGAGAGAAAGAUCUUCAGCAGCUGAGAGAGGCUGUGGAGUCUCAUAAGCGCUCUGCACAGACAGCAGUGGAGGACAGUGAGAAGAUCUUCACUGAGCUCAUCCCCUCCAUUGAGAAAAGCCGCUCUGAGGCCACACAGUGGAUCAGAGAUCAGGAAAAGACUGCAGUGAGUCGAGCUGAAGGACGACUGGAGCGACUGGAGCAGGAGAUCAAUGAUCUGAGGAGGAGAGAUGCUGAGCUGGAGCAGCUUUCACACACACAGGAUCACAUCCAUUUCCUGCAGAGUUUCCAGUCUCUCUCAGCUCCUUCUGAAUCUACAGACAUAAAUGAUGAUCCCUUCAGUUUUCUCUCUUCUUUUGAUGGCGUGAGAGAAUCUGUCCUUCAGCUGAGAGACAAACUGGAGGAUUUCUGCAAAGAGGAACUCAAGAAGAUCUCUGACAGAGUCACUUUCACCAACAUUGUUCCCAGGACCAGGAACGACUUCCUACAAUAUUCCCAUCAGCUCACUCUGGAUCUGAACACAGCACAUAAAUACCUCCGUCUGACUGAGAGGAACAGAGUGAUUACUGUCACUGCCACAGUCCAGCCGUAUCCUGAGCAUCCAGACAGAUUUGAUAUAUGUCAGGUGUUGUGUAGAGAGAGUGUGCGUGAUCGACGCUGUUACUGGGAGAUUGAGUGGAGUGGAAAACAUGGUGUGUAUAUAUCAGUGUCAUAUAAGGCAUCAGCAGGAAGAGACGGGGUGAGGAGUGUUUUUUUGGAUAUAAUGAUCAGUCCUGGAGUUUGAACUGCUCUCCCUCCAGUUACUCAUUCAUGCACAAUAACAGAAAGACUAAACUUCCUGUAGAGCCCAGCAGCAGUAGAGUAGGAGUGUAUGUGGAUCACAGUGCAGGAACUCUGUCCUUCUACAGCGUCUCUGGAGACACAAUGAUCCUCAUCCACACAGUCCAGACCACAUUCACUCAACCGCUCUAUCCUGGGUUUAGGGUUAAUGUUGGAUCAUCAGUGAAACUGUGUUGAUAAAUCAGAAUAGACUGUAGAGAGAUUCUACCCAUAAUGCUUUGAGUUACAUGAUAGAUCAGUAACAGUGAGAUGUUAUAGAUUCUCUUAUUUUCUCUUCAUUAUAUUAUUAUUACAGUUGAACUUCUGUCAGUGAACUAACGUCAGAAUAAAUGUGCGUAAUGAAUCCUCAUAUAGACAGUACGAUCUAGGAGUGUCCCGACAACGGAUUUACAUAGUCGAAUCAGAUUCGAAUCAGAUUGGGGGGGCUUGAAAAACAGCAGUCCACUAGAUAGUGCGCACAAACUCUUUCCGCGCUCAAGGCCAAAGGAGUAUCGGCUACUUUGAAAGGUUCGCGUGCUCAACUGUGCACGAGAUGGAGAGGGGCGCAGAAAAUAAAGUAAGGCCUACACCUGCACCUUAACUUUUGUUUUCUCUUACACUCAACACAUAGAAACAACUUUCUAAUAAAGCAACCAAACUGCCUAUUAAGUGAUAGAUGAAACUGACAAUGAUUUUUAUCUUUCUUAAACUGAAAUGAAAGGCAAUGUGGAUAAACAUUCACAGCCACGAUGUACAGAACACCACACAAAGAUAUAGAAGAAAAUGAAUAAAAACAUUUUGGAUCAAUAAACCUUAAAUAUAUAUAUAUAAAUAACUGCAGAAAGGCCACACUGCAUUUGAUAGAUAUGCAUUUCACAUGUCAGCAAUCAAAUUAAAUCGGCUAAAUUACCUGUGCAAGCAAGCUUUAACUAAUCUACAGUGCAACAUCGAUGCACCGAGAAAAAAAAAUUCAAAACAUUAAUUUACAGAAUUGAAUUAGAACAGAAUAUACCGUUCUAAUAAAUUAAAAUAAUUUAAAAAAUGAAUGUCAUAAUCAAGUGCAAAAUGCCUAAAAUGCCAGGGAACAUAUAUUCAAAACACAUUAAGCCACAAAUAGUUAAAUUAGAUAACCCAGAGUGAUUAAUAAAUAAAUUAAAGUUAAAGAAAUUAUUAAAAAAACGAAAGUAUAGCCAGAAUUGUCAACUUUUGUCUUUUUAACUGCAGAGACAAUAAAUGCUAAACUGGAGUGGCAGUCUUUUUAGCUAAACAUUCACAGCAUUCAAAAAUCUAAUUAGAACUGGCUGAAAUGUUUUGAAAUCACUUGUACCCUACCUGAUUGAGAGAGAAAAAUCCAGUCUUUCACGCGAUCUGCCUGUGUCCGUUUGGGUCUUUUCAAAUAGCGCAAUAACGUUGGCCGGCAGAAGCGCGCCGCAGUGUUUGUCAUUGUUGAGUACUAGGACAUAAGCUGUUGGCACAACUUGCAUCAUACAUUUUUCUUUUACCAUUUCAAAGUGCAUCCAAUUCUACACUUUAGAUUUUCUUAUCCCAGACACUGUUAAAGAUUUAAUCCCUGCCGCCAAGAUGCUCCUCUGUCGGUCACGGAUCAUGGAAGUGAAACUUAAAUCUGUCACAGGGGUGGUUGGAUUUAUUCACGCACAUUAAAAAUAUUUAUUAAAAGCUUCUUUCUUUUUACAUUUUUAUUUACAGCAUUAACAUAAUAGGCUGUGUAUUAACCUAUUGGGAGAGAACUGGUACAUCUAUGUAAAAUCAGAUAUUGAGCACCCCCAUCUCGUUUCAUAACACCUCUGCGAAGAUUCGACUGUGAGAUUGAUAGUCGAAUCGACCUCCUCCUAUCGAAGCUUUGAAUCGUCGACUCUUCAGGGUCACCCCUAGUAAGAUCAGUGUGUGUUUGUGAGUCAUGAUGCUUUUCUCAAGAUCUGUUUGUGUUGAUGGAAAUCACAAUCAUUCAGUUCUUAUUGUUGUGUCACAUUAAUUUUUUUUUAUUAUUACUAUCAAAAUUACCUUUCAUUAAAAUGAAUCACACACAAGAUUUAUUAAAAAUGUUAUUCAAUAAAAUAAUUUGUCAUGUAAAAUUGAUAAAUGUUGGUUUAUUAAUAAAUGUAAAAUAUAUCAACCCAGAUUAUCUGAUCUUGCUUUAAACCCUUGAGAAAAACUCCUAGAGUCAGACGCUCUAACGAGGAGGCUAAAGGCUGCAACCUCUAACAUCAGUCGCUAGAGCAUCUCUUGAGACCAGAGUGAGGUUUAUUCUCACACAGCGACUAAUAGCUGGCCUCCGUUACACUCACCCCCUAAACCUCACUCCCAUCCGGGUCAUGGCACCAAUUUAACCCCUCUACCCAGGUUCUACUCGCCCCGCUCUGUGCGGUUCUCGAACCUGGGUAUCUUAGACUUGUUGUCAGCAAGUGUUGGAAGUCAAUAUCUGAAACUGCUGUAAAGAGCUGGUUGUCUGUAGCAAUCAUUUCUGUUUAGUAGUGCUGUAGUACUCGAGUCCGGACUCGAGACGUUUUUCUGUUGUCUUGGACUCGUCUCGGACUCUGUGAUAUUUGCACUCGGACUUGUCUCGGACUUGGUCAUUGGUCUCGCCACAAGUUCUAGUUGGUCUCGACCGAGUCCAGCUUUUCAGUCUCACUUCUUACUGAUUCCGAGCCGAUCUUUUUUGUUACCAGCGGCACAGGCAGUAACGUCAGCUGCGCAUUCUCGCUCUCUUCUCUCACGGUGAAGUGACACACACUCGCGCGGGCGCCUCCUCUCUCUCUCUCUCUCUCUCUCUCUCUCUCUCUCACUCACUCGUCUCAUUCGCUCCGGUUCCCGCAGGUUUUGCGCUCACACUGAAAGUGCGCGCGCGCGCGCCACUGAUUACCGCUGAUCAGUGGAGCGAAUAAGCCACGCUCAGUCUCAAACAGAGACAGAAGUCAAACAGAGUCACAAUUACCAAAAUGAGUGGCUUACUGUGCUUAAAAGAUCAAAUACAUACAAAAUUAUGUCAAAAUGCUCGUCUUGGCAAUUAUUCAGAUAAACAGUCAGUUUUGGAUCGUUAAAUAGCUAAGAGAACGCAUGUUGUGUAACAGUAUUGGGUCCAUUC